UAAGAACCACUCACCUGCUGGCCAUCUCUCCAGGUCUGCAGCCAGAGAAAAUGAUCUGAAAUUGUAGCAGGAGAAAUUGAGGUGUAUGAAAAAUAAUUUCAAGUUUAAUAAAUACAAGGAAACCGCAGGGUCCAUGUCAAAGCUGAUGAGCUAUUUCUGAAACUCGUGCAGAAUUGUGGUUUGUGUGGUCUAUGUCACGGCACCCUUGAUGGAGAGCGGGCAAUUGCCUGAACUUGGAGGCUGUGUCCUGUCCUCCAGGCUGCUACAGGGCUGCCUCCUUCCGGCUGGGCCUUCUUAUCUGGGACUGUUGAGGGUGACAGGCCUUCCGAAGACCAGUGAAGAAGGAGGCCCUGUAGACAGGAGGCUGACAGGGUAGGAAUAAGGCCAUGAUACCUUUGCAUAAGGACAACCAGGAGGAGGGUGUCUGCCCCAUCUGCCAGGAGAGCCUGAAGGGGGCCGUGAGCACCAACUGCGGACAUCUCUUCUGUCGAGUGUGCCUGACACAGCACGUGGAGAAGGCCUCAGCCUCUGGGGUCUUCUGCUGCCCCCUCUGCCGGAAGCCCUGUUCUGAGGAGGUGCUGGGGACAGGCUAUAUCUGCCCCAACCACCAGAAGAGGGUAUGCAGAUUCUGUGAGGAGAGCAGACUUCUUCUAUGUGUGGAAUGCCUGGUGUCCCCUGAACACGUGUCUCAUCAUGAACUGACCAUAGAAAAUGCCCUCAGCCACUACAAGGAACGACUCAACCGCCGGAGCAGGAAGCUCAGAAAGGACAUUGCGGAACUUCAGCGACUCAAGGUUCAGGAGGAAAAGAAACUGCAGGCUCUGCAGUUUCAGGUAGACCAUGGGAACCACAGGCUGGAGGCUGGGUUGGAGAGCCAGCACCAAACCAGGGAACAGCUGGAUGCCCUCCCUCAGCAGUGGCUGGGCCAGCUGGAGCACAUGCCAGCAGAAGUGGCCAGAAUCCUUGACAUCUCCAGGGCAGUAACACAGCUCAGCAGCCUGGUCACUGAUCUGGAGAGGACAGCCAAGGAAUUAGACACCAACACACUGAAGAAUGCUGGUGACUUACUGAACAGGAGUGCUCCACAGAAAUUAGAGAUAAUUUAUCCCCAGUUGGAGAAAAGAGUCAGUGAAUUGCUUCUUCAGCCGUCCUCAGAAGCUCUGACCUGUUCAUCCCUGGGACACCUCACUUCAGGCUCACCUCAGCCUCCUCUCUCUCCUUCCUCCAACCUGUCCAGGCCCCCAUUAGAUCUACCCAGUGCAUCUUCGGGCUUGCCAGCUCCUGAACAUGUCCCCAUUUCUUCAUGCCCACCAUCAUCACCUGAUGCCUGACCCUCUGACUCUUGGACAAUGGUCAGCCCCCUUCUAGGACAGGCUCAUGCUUGGGGCUGCCACUGUGGAGGUCGGGGCCCAUGGUCUCCAGGACUAUUUGUGAAAUCUCCAUUUUGCCUGUGAACUGACAGUAGUGCCCAUCUCUCAUAAUCUCAUUAAAAUAGGAUCCUCCAGGCCUCUGAAUGGCCCGAGCUCAUCAGCAGUGACGCCACCUCACAUAUGAAGCCCAGCUGAGCUCCUGCAAUACUUGUUGUCUGCACCAAUCACCUGGCACUUAUUUAUUAUUGUUGUGGAAGACAGACUCAAAGACAGCUUCCCUUCGUGAUCCUCACCUCUUAGAAUGAAUGCCCUUGUUCGGUCCCCUCCCCUUGAGUGUAAGUGGGAUCUGUGACCCACUUCAAAUCAAUAGAAUAAGGCAAAGGUGAUAGGGUGUCACUCCGGCAACUGUGUUGCAUUGUAUAGAACUCCUCCUUGCUGGCCUAUCCAUUUAGAGCCCCUCCUAGGAGCCAAGAGCAGUCUCCAGCCUCCAGCCAACAACAAGCAGAGGCCCUCAGUCUUGUGGCUGCAAGAACCUGAAUUCUGCCAACAACCUGAGUGAGCCUGGAAGCAGAUUCUUCUCCAGCUGAGCCGGAUGAGAACCCAGUCCAGCCAACACCUUGAUUAUAGUCUAAGCUGAGGACCCAGUGAAGCUGUGCCAAAAUUUCUCACCCACAGAAAUGGUGAGACAAUAAAUGUGUGUGUGUGUUUUUGUU